ACAGCUUUGUUGUCAAACGUUGCUAAGGAAGCUGACGUCAGGCUAACACAUUGCUAAUCUGAUUGCUAACACGAAAAGACGAAAAGAUGUAGGAUACUGGUUUAUGGGCCGUAAUUUUUAAGGAUAUGAACAAAGGGAAUUAUAAUCCAUGGAAAAAACGUGAGGAUGACUGAGUCUUGGGAGGAGAUCCGCUCCCACCCCCCCGUGGCUCCUCGUCUGUGUGGAGCCCCCAGUAAGGCUGACCCAGCAGCCAAUGACAACAGGUCGUCCAAAGCCUCCCAGGUGGAUGUGAACCACACCUCCAAACCCCCUCAUGCUUCUCGAUACGUCCAGGGAACCGUCAACCCCUACCAGCCACGGCCACCGCCCAAGUUGUCAAAGAUCGGCAAGCACUGCUCCGAGGAUGACAGUCUGAGAACCAGGAGACUGCGAAACAGCCAGGAGAGUCUGAGCGAUCCCACCGAGACAGGCUCCUCCACCGACUCCCUCAAAGAGGACCUGAGAGUUCCUGGUCCAAGGGACUUUGUUCUCGGCGACGCAGCCACCCUCAGUAGCAGACAAAGCUCAAACGGGGCGGGGCCCCUGGCCAGUCUUCCCACGGGGUCCCCAGUCUUUCGAGGGCGGGGCCACAGUCUCUCUGAGUACGAUGAGAGACCACAGCAGAACCACCUGUCGGAGCCCCGCAACCGGUCCUCCAAGCUCUGGCUGUCCCCGGUGCAUCCCAUCGGGCCACUGCCGGCGCUGGAGAAGAGUUUUGCUGCCGCCUCCCUACGGACAUCUAACAAGGUGGACCGGAACCGCCCGGACGGACCGAGGCUACACCGGAACCUGAGCGACAGCCGGCUCCUGGACAACAUGGUGUCAGACAAUUCCUCGGUCAACUCCAUGAGGUCCACCUUCAGCGUGCUCAACCCCAUCAGGCCUCAGGACGUGAGGAACAGGAGCUUUCUUGAGGGCAGCGUGCUGGGGAGCGGAGCCCUGCUGGGGGCAGAAGAGCUGGACCGCUACUUCCCUGACAGGAGGCUGGGCAUCUAUGUAGCCACCUGGAACAUGCAGGGAGAGAAGGGGCUUCCGAACAACUUGGACGAUCUGCUGCUUCCCGCAGACUCUGAAUUGGCACAAGACGUCUACGUUAUCGGCGUGCAGGAAGGCUGUCCCGACAGGAGAGAGUGGGAGGUGCGGCUCCAGGAGACCCUGGGACCCUACUACGUCAUGCUGUAUGCCGCCGCGCACGGUGUCCUGUACCUCACUGUUUUCGUCAGGAGGGACCUCAUCUGGUUCUGCUCAGAGGUGGAGCACGCCACAGUCACCACCAGGAUCUUCUCUCAGAUCAAGACCAAGGGGGCAGUGGGGGUGGGCUUCACCUUCUUCGGCACAUCAUUCCUCUUCAUCACCUCCCACUUCACCUCCGGAGAUGCCAAAGUUUACGAGAGGAUUUUAGAUUACAACAAGAUCAUCGAAGCUCUCGCUCUCCCCAAAGGCCUGCCGGACACCAACCCGUACCGCUCUGUGGCCUCCGACGUUACCACCAGAUUUGAUGAGGUGUUCUGGUUCGGUGAUUUCAACUUCCGGCUAAGCAAGGAUCGGCCCGCAGUGGAGGCCAUCAUCACCCGGCAGGAUGACCCCGACAUGAACCCUCUGCUGCAGCACGACCAGCUCUCUAAGGAGAUGAGGGAGGGCUCCAUCUUUAAGGGCUUCCAGGAGGCCUCCAUCCACUUUCUCCCAACGUACAAGUUUGACAUCGGCUGUGACGCCUACGACACCACGUCCAAGCAGAGGACGCCGUCCUACACGGACCGCAUCCUGUUCCGCAGCCGGCAGGCGGAGGACAUCCAGGUGGUGAAAUACAGCAGCUGCUCCACCCUGAAGACCUCGGACCAUCGGCCCGUGGUGGGGGUCUUCCAGGUCAAGCUGAGGCCAGGGAGGGACAAUAUUCCUCUGGGCGCGGGGCAGUUCGACCGGGGCUUGUACCUGGAGGGGAUCAGGCGUAGGAUAACUCGGGAGCUGAAGAGGAGGGAGGUGAUGAAGAGCCAGAACAGCAGCAGCACCAUCUGCUCCGUCUCCUGAGCGCCUCCGACUCCACCUUACCCCCCACCCACAGACGUUGACUCACCUCCCACCCAGACUUUAACUCCAGCAAUGUGACCGAUACAAUCGGGUCUUCAAACCGGUCUGUGUGUCAUGUGACACCAAGACAGACAUCGGGCCGGCCAGGCGAAGGCAGGGAGACUGUGGGUAUGCAGUCUGUAUUUAUUGUCUGUUUUAAACCAGAAACACAUGAAGACAAAGUCCCCCAGAAAAUCAGACACAACUAUGUUCAACGUCUGCAGAUGGAGACGUUCACAUUUGCAAAGAUAACAAAAAUAACUGUUAGCACUGACAAGGUCUGGCGGGAGUAGGGCACCCUCUAGUGGAGCCUGAGGGAGAAAGGCCUGGUGGAGGCCUGAGGAAGGCAGGCCUGGGGGAAGCCUGGUGGAGGCCUGAGGGAGAGAGGCCUGGUGGAAUCCUGGUGGAGGGUGAGGGAGAGAGGCCUGGUGGAGGCUGGCUGUGCUUUGAGGGCAGGGACCUUGAGGUCAGACAGCCCAGGGGUCUGCUGACACAACAGGCUGGGCUUUAUAUACACCACAACUUGCUUAUGAUUAACCCUUCAAGGCUUGGUGUGUUUGUAUUGGGUUUGUAAGGAUUUUGUACGUUUUUAAUAAGAGACAAAAAAAAAAAUGUAUUUAAGGUUUAUAAAUGAACUGAGGGUGAUUAUAACCCGUAAUGUUAAACUUGUUUCCCUAAUGAUAGUGCUUUGAAUAAUGCCAUUUUCAUUGGGGUUAAAUGGUAAAUAUACAGUUAUCUUAUUUAAUACUAUUGGGGAGCGUUGAUACCAAAAUGGUACAUAUGUGACUAUUAAUGAGAUUUUACAUUCCAGUCCAAAUGCUUGAAAUUAACCUGGCUUCAAAUGGGAGCUUGGAUAAAACUAUUUAGAUUAAUCGAUCAAAGGUUUACUUAUACUUACAUUACCACAAAUGUCUAUGAUGUUUAAUGGUUUGCUGGCAUAAGUCAUGUCCUUCAACUCUAAUACUUCAAAGAUUGUUGACCAAUUCUGCAUCACAUGUAAAAUCUCAAGGACAAAAUUAAUUUCAGAUUGUAUCGUCUCAUCUCAUCUUCAACAACCGCUCAUCCUGGGUUGGGUCGCGGGGGCAGCAGCUCCAGCAGGGGGCCCCAGACUUUCCUUUCCUGGGCCACAUUGACCAGCUCUGACGGGGGGGAUCCCCGGCCAGUGUUGAUCUAAUCUCUCCAUGGUCCUGGGUCUUUCCCAAGGUCUCCUCCCCACACCCAGAUGGUAUCGUAUGGAUGUUUCAGUGGAAAGUAACUGGUGUAGUUCAGACCUUGAAUGACGCCACAUGCAACUGUAUCUCGGAAGCAAGUGUUUGCUUAAGAAGAAACAUGGAUUGUUAAAACAGACUUCUACCUUUAGUUGGCUGCCUUCUUUCUUAUCCCCAGACAGACUGUCAUUGUGCAGCUUCCCCACAUAAUGUACGGUAUGGCACUAACUAGCUAAGAGUGUGUUGGCUUCUGCUACUGAAAGUGCCUGUGGGUUGGUCCAGACCCAACUUAUUUUCUAUGACUUGUCUGAUGUAACAUGAUGUAAUAAAAAGGUUUUAAAAGUGAUCUUCAGCUGGGCAGUUUAUCAACCAUCCAACCUGCAUUUGAAAACAUCAGGACUUUUAAAAUAAAUUAUUGUAUUUAUGGCCAAAUUAAUAUUACUAGAGUUUUUGCUCGCUCAACCUCUGGUUGUAAUUAAACCCAUAGCAAUAAUGUGGAAACCCCAGUCGAUAAUGUUACUAAAUUCUGGGCGCAUAAUACAACAAUUUGCCUAUAAUGUUACAACGUAUAAAAUUAGUUCACCACAAUUUACUCUUAAAAGCAGUACCAUCAUUUAAAUAUUUUUUAACCAUUCUGCGAACAAAAGGCAACAGGCUGAUUAUCAUUUAGGGGGCCACUCAAUGAAAUGCAGAAGCGUCAUCAACACGCCCACUGAAGUGGUGUGAGAAAUACAGACUUUCUACUCAUUCACAUUUAAGGUAAUUUACAUUUCCUACGGAGAAAAUACUACCUCAGGGGGUAGUAUUAUACAUUAGAUUUUCAGGGUACAAAUGUCAGGAUAUGUUGUUCACACAUACGGCCCAUCAGUGGAAUAUCAGGACUUGCACGUGUGUCUGAAAGCAGCUAAGCACUAAAAAAAGUAGUAUAUGCAAAUCAAAUAUUAAAUAGCUUUUACUGUUAUUCAGGGCUGAAAGGUGCAUUGACAUUUUAAAAUGCAAGGCAACUACUAUUGGUUAGUUGAAAAUAAUAAUCAUUGAGAUUAAACAUCUCUGCCAGUGUCCUGGCCAAGACAGGCAGCAGUAGCCAACAGUC